AUGAUUUUCAAUGGAACACCUGUACACUUUCAGAUCUGGAAAGAGAAGAAGAUGAGGUCUGCAUGGAUACAGAAACGGAGCGUCAUGAGGGAUGUUAAAGUAACCCUGUCUGUGGCGUUCGUUAUAUUGUCCUUUAUAAUAAGCUGGACUCCCUAUGCCGUUGUCAGCCUUUUAACGGCGUUGUUCAAGAUGAACUUGGAAGAUAUAUCACCAGUCAUUGUCCAGCUGCCAUGUCUUAUGGCCAAAGCGGCUUGCAUAUGGAACCCAUUAGUUUAUGUGUAUCACAAUCGAGAGUUCAGGAAAGCUUUCAUGAAGAAAUUCCGACAAUGGAACAAGUCCCCCUCUUCUGAGGCCACAAAUGUCCUCCAAAAUGACAGUUACAACAGACCAAACACUUUCGAACGAAUCUCUUCCGCGGCAAAAGAGAUCGGGUACCAAAUAAAAAGUCUCGGUGAAAGCGUGAAAAGAAAUGAAUUAGAAGCAAACUGUUCCGAAAGAGUUACAAUACACAGACCUAAAGACGCUGUCAAACCAGAAAUGAUCGUGAUAAAAGAGACCAUGCUAUAA